AUGGAGGAACCUACCCAAUACUUUCUCGACGCCCUUGCCGAGGUGUCCUAUGAUGAAGAUCCAUCCAAGGCUCUCUUGGGUCUUGACGAAUGGGAAGUACCCGAGUCAAUUUUCCGCGAUGAUGGUUCCUGCAUGUCCCUCUGGGAACUUGCCCGUACCAAUGGAUAUCGCUUCGAAGGAAAGAACGACCAGUUUGCCGGCUCGACUUUCGACGAGGCCUUUUGUGAACUCGGUGUAGACCCUGUCAUUGGCCCAGCGACUGAGGAUCACCUGGAGCUUGGCCCUGAAUUGCCUGCUCCCAUCGUGGCUGAUGAUGUGACCACACAGAGCACUUGCGCCAACCAGCCUAGCACAGUCUAUCCGCUGGAUACCCUCGUGUCUCUCAAAAACGCCGACCUGGGUCCUCCCCUUGCAGUUGUUCAACUCACUCCCGCCACUGAUGCUCCAGUCACCAACGUUGCCCCGGCCAUCGUUGACCCAGUCAUCAUUGACCCAGACGUCCAAGUCUCUACUGCCACGUCCGGUUUGGCACCUGGUACGGUCAAGGUGAUUACCUUGCCACAAGCCAAAUCGCGCCCUCAACUUGCUAAGCGACCACCCAAACGGAAAGACAAGCGGGCCCCCAAGAAGAAGAAGAAGCAAAAUGACGAGCUACACAAAACACAGAAGAAGGCAAAGGCGCAAAGCACCACACGCAAGACGAAGGGCAAGACAACUCUAGCCCCAAUCACACAACCUCUUCCGAAGAUUGCGCCUGCUCCAAUGACAUCAAUGCCUGCUCCAAUGACUUGUGUCCCUACCCCGAUGAUCCCAGUGUCCGGGGCCACCAACAAGACAGCGGCCCAUCCCACUCAACAGCAGCACCUUCAAAUCCAAGAACGUCUUCGAAGCCAAGAGCAGUAUCUUCGCAUUGAAUGGCAGCACCUUCGGCAACAAAGAUCUCAUCUGAAACGACAGCAGCCCGGGGAUGAACAGCAGCUCCAGAUCCACCGACGACAGUGUCAGAUCCACCACCAGCAGUUUAAAAUGUUUCAACAAAAGAUCGAUCAGCACAAACAGCAAGUCCGUCAAUACCGGUACCAGCAAUACCAGCAACAGCAUCAGCAUCAGCAUGCAAUGCAACAAACCCAGCAAUUCCAAACUGCAACGACUCAGCAAGCUCAACAGCCCGCCCAUCAAAUGCAAGCACCUUAUUCUACUCCUAUCCAAGGGCGCAUGCAAUCUGUCAUGCCACAAACCCAGCAAUUCCAAACUGCAGCGAUCCAGCAAGCUCAGCAGCCCACCCAACAAAUACAAGCAGUUUAUCCCACCCCUACCAAGGAGCACAUGUUGUCUGUGAUGCAACAGACCCAGCAACUUCAAGCUUCAGCAGCUCAGCAGCCCAGCCAGCAAAUGCAAGCAGCUUAUUCCACCCCUCCCAAGCAGCGUGCGCAGUCUGUGAUGCCGCAAACCCAGCAACUUCAAGCCCCAGCAGCUCAGCAAGCUCAUCAGCCCACCCAACAAAUGCAAGCAGUUUAUCCUACCCCUCCCAAGGAGCGCAUGCUGUCUGUGAUGCAACAGACCCAGCAACUUCAAGCUUCAGCAGCUCCGCAGCCCAGCCAGCAAAUGCAAGCAGUUUAUUCCACCCCUCCUAAGCAGCGUGCGCAGUCUGUGAUGCCACAAACCCAGCAAUCUCGGGCAGUUUAUCCUACCCCUACCAAGGAGCGCAUGCAGUCUGUGAUGCAACAAACUCAGCAACUCCAAGCUUCAGCGGCUCAGCGAGUUCAACAGCCCACCCAGCAAAAGGGAGCAGUUUAUUCCACCCCGCCAAAGGAGCGCAUGCAGUCUGUUUCUUCCCUUUCUGCCGCCUCACCCACCAAGAGAACCUUUCAGUUUAUGGAGAACAUUGUGCCUACCGACUUUGUGGCCAACCCAAAAAACCAUCCCCGGUGGGGUCUUAGCCCUAAUGGAGAUCGAACCUACUUGAACGGACACCAGGCGAAAAAGGCAAGAGUCUCAGAGUAA